CAAGAGCAUGCAUCACCAAGUGAUCAUGGAAUUUUGUCUGAAUCUUUUGGGUUGAUAAUUUCCAGUGCAUGUGUAUGAAAGGGCCUCAACUGGCACAAUAUGCAGUGUAUAAAAUGCCUACAAUGCCAAUGAAAAAUACAGAACAGAAACAAAGCAGAAACCUUUGCCGAAGUAUGAACCUCAGGCAAGAAAUGAGAAGGUGAAGAACAUUUUCAUCGUUUGCUCAUGGGGAACCCAAGCCAGGGUGCCGUAGCAGAGAACACAUUUUCAACUGAGGAGCUACGAAUCCGUGAUGAUUUGGAAGCAGAAAUAGAGGAGGAUUUGGAACACGAAAUCAUCGACAACAUGUGCCGCCUCGCACGCCACCUGCAGAGGCUGUAUCAGCAUAAGGAUAGAAGAGAACUUACUGGCUCAGCUACUGAUUACCAGUUUGCACUGUCCCACACAGAAAACACGGUUGUUUCUGAGAUGAAUAUCAGGAUAAAAUUGGAUGGUCAAUGCAGGAUGGACAUAACUAAGAUUGGGAAAGAUUUUGCUGCCAUUCAACCAAAGCCACGCCCCAAUACUGAUCAAUCUGACAAAAGGCAAGGAUCCAUGAAGAUAAGGCAUAGUGAUACAGUUUAUUGCAGGAAGCAGCAAAACCAUCCAGUUGUGCCGUGGAGAUAGGUAAAUGAAUAGGGAAUGUGCAUUGCACCUGAAGAACAAUAGUUUGGUAUAAAAGUAUACAACUUCAAGGUAUUUUCUGGUGUGCCAUCAAAUAAAUCAUAUUAUGUAAUUCAACUACAUACAGGACUACAACUCGUUCAUGGA